ACAUCUUCCUCUCCACGUGAUAAAGUCUUUCAUCAAGAGAUCCAUUAACUAACAGGCAUCUACUAUUCUCAGAGCAUCAAAUUUGCAUGACUGAAGAAAGCCAGAAAAUGUCCUACCAGAUAGCUUGGGUGAUUCUACUCUGUCUGCGGAUGACUGCUUCACGGGAAGGGAUAUUGAUCCAGCAGAGCCCAGCACAGAUCUUUCUGGCCUCUGGAGAAACUGCACGGAUAGACUGUAAGCUUUCAACAAGAAGUCAGUAUAUAUACUGGUACAAAGAACUUCAGAAUGGAAGUUUGCACAGGAUUUACCAGAGUUAUGAGUUUGCUGCAACUCCACACGAAAAAUACUCGAGUACAGUGAACAUUCCGGCAAAAACAUUUACUCUGAUUAUAAGUAACAUACAAAGAAAUGACUCUGGGGUGUAUUACUGUGGCCUUGCUGUAUACUUACAUCUGAACUUUGGGAAUGGGACCAGGCUAAUUGUCACAGAUGCCUCUGAGCCGAGCCUUUCCAUCCUGGUUCCCUCCAACCCAGAAGAUGCUGAGCUUCCCCCCGUCAUUCCUCUGCUCUGCCUGCUCUCUGAUUUCACUCCUCCCUGGAGUGCUGUUCUCUGGGACACUGGUGAGCAAGUGUCAGAAGGUCAGAUGGAUACUGGAGCCAUAGACAGGAACGGGGUCUUUAGUGUUUGGAGCCUAAUGACAAUCCCUUCUGAGACGUGGAACCAGGAGACAAUCUGCACUUGUACAGCCAAGGAGAGCAGCACAGAGAGAAGCAUCAAUGCUACAGUCUCCAAGGAAACAGAUGAGGCCUGGAAAGAAAACUGCAAUGAUGUGUUAUAUGUUGGGCUGUCUUGUAUUUUCACCCUUGUCGUCAUCCAGCUGCUGAUCCUGCUCUUCAGAAAGUGUCCAACCAGAGGGAGAGCUGUGCAAACAGGGAAUCAAAUACCUAUGAGGCACAUUCCACAGACCGAGUAUGCAGCUGUGAGGUACAAGAAAUGAAAAGUCCCUUUUUAACUGACAUGGUCUGACAAAAUUAUUUAUAGGGUUUAAAGAAGCUAUGCAUGAGGGGAAAAUGAAAGUGAAAGAGAAUUUCUGAGUCUAAUGUCUGCACUUUACUAAUUACUAAAAUGUGAGGUGGCUGGGCUUAAAAUACAACUUGUUAUAAAUGUACCAGUCUCCAAACCCUUUUUGACACCACAUAUUUAAAUAAAUUGUUUUCUUUUUGGUUA